GCCUUUAAUUUAAGCAGAUAAUCAUUUGUUUUUACUCCCGGUUUCGCAGUUUCCCCUACUAAAGGCAGCCAUGUUGCAGCAUGUUUUGCCACUCAGUCCGACUGAGGGGGCGUAUUCCGGUGGGAAAGUGACGUCAGCGAAUACCCACUAUUGUUGCUAGCUUCACGGGGCUACGCUUGCAUAAUGGUUUGCAUGGUGUAUCACGUAAAAGGAUCCUGUCACAAACAAGCAACGGCACCGUAAAGGGUUCCGCAGCUCUCACAGUGAACAGAUCUGUUUCUUUUGAGUUCCAGCCCCCAUGGCGGUUCCAUUAUACGAAGGAACAUUUAAUUGUAUUAGACAUAGAGCGUAUACAACAUCAAAAUCAAGCCAUACGUAAAUGGAUCAAGGGUCCAGGAAUAGUCUUUCUCCGUGAAUAUUGCAAACUCCAGUGGUUACUCGAAGUAUUGCAGUUUAGUAAGCCUCUAGCAUAAACAUGCAUAUUUUAGACAGGCAAGCAUAUGGAGGUAUUUUUGCAAGUCUAUGUGGAAUAGAAUAGAAUAGAUUCACACUCUGAGAUUCACAGAAUAAAUACAUAUCUGUAGGUUUACAUCUAUAAGUGGGGUUUCACAAAUGUGUAGAAUUCAUUCAUAAAUCUGUAAAUUAAUGUGAGAAUACACGCAAUAGCAAUUUCAAACUUGAGCAAAGACAACUCAGUAAAUAGAAACUCUCGAAUCAACUAGUGCAAAGACAACUUAAUGAUUACAAAGACAACUCAGUAAUUACAACAUCUUACAACCUCUCGACUUUUGCACCAAAUUUUGUAGAUUACCUCGAUUUUCUAACUUGUGAAAUCGAAUUCGCUGUUGGGGUAAUUAUCUAAUAUGACGUUAUGACGUUAUGAUGGGGAGGGUCAAUGCUUGUUCUUCCAACCAAUCAGACGAGCGGAUUCGGAAUGACUCUAAUGCAAUUACUUUAAAGAAGUCUGUAGCCAAAUCCUAAAAUAAAUAUAAAACUGAAGAAGACAAGAACCUCAGGGUUGGUACGGUCUAUGGGUGGUUCCCAUUGAGUCCACUACAAGUUCAGUGGUGGUUCCCAUUUUACUUCAGCGGUUGGCCCAGCCCAGAGACUGUAAGGUCCAGCCCAGUUCCGUUCCGUGUCACCACCCAUAAAACAAUUCUGUUACCCCUGGAAACCAAAAUAAGUAAACGUUAGAAAGAAAGGGAUGUCGUGGUGUUUGUGCAAGUUGCAGAAAAUCACAGUUCCAGCACAAAACUAGUAAGAGUGUGAAAAAGAAACAUAAAUUGUUGCUUUGCUACUGGGAGCACAAUUUCCUCGGUAAAGAAAAUAACGGAAGAAAAUUCUGGUCCCGGGUUGUGACUCCGUACCAUGACGAAACAAGGAGCUGCAUUGCAGACAUACAACAAUGAACUAGUGACGUGUAUCGAAGAGCUGUGCUCCAAGCGUGAACUGUUGAAUCGGCAGAUCCAGCAGGAGGAGGACGAGAAGGGGCGCUUGCAGCAUGACAUCCGCGUCCUGACGGAGAAGCUCAGCCGCGUCAAUGAGAGCCUGGCUCGCCGGCUGGCUGCCCGAGCAGACUUCGAACGCACCAUUGCAGAGACCGAGGCCGCCUACAUGAAGAUCCUGGAGAGCUCACAGUCUCUGCUCACUGUGCUGAAGCAGGAGACAGGGAACCUCAGCAUGGUCACCAAUCCCCAAGGAUACAACUAAAACUGACAGAACCCCGUAUGGACUGCCUCCUCUCACGUGUAUUCCCACAGACAGAGACAGUUUGUGACAUUUAUGUAUUCAAGAAUAUGAGUAAAAAUUUAUUAACGCAUGGGGGAUCAUGAUUUUCAUGCUUUGUGCACGAGAUUGUAACUAGUCUUUGAUAUACUUUGUAUUUUAAUAAACUAAUACAUGCA